CCCACGGUGCUGGGUACUCGCGUUCUUCUCUUCUUCCUGCUAUCUGUACUUUUUUCUUACUUUAUCGAGAAUUAUAUAUAUGUAUAUAUAUACACGUAUACAGAUUUAGGUAUACAAUAUACGCAUAUAUACGUCAUAUGCAAACCAAGGAAAAAGAUUAAGAAGAAAGGGAAAGGGUGUGAGAGAGGGAGAAAGUGUGCAAGAAGAAUACUAAACUGAAAGUAUAUACAAGUACGUAAUUUAUCUUACUCGAAGAAGAAGAAGAAGAAGAAGAUGAAGAUGAAGAAGAAGGGUUGAUAUCGUCGCCAUCUUGCUACAGCCGGUACAUGCUCACCACCCUCUCUCUUUCAUCUCUUCUCCCAAUCCUCUCUCUCUCACUCUCUCUCUCUCUCUCUCUCUCCUUGGCGGCGUUGUUGGUGCAUUUUGGGAGGGGGUCCUGUGUGUGCAACUUCCGGGGGUUGUUUUUGGCAAUGGCUGACCGUGCUGUUGGUGAUAUCGUGUGUUAACCUGGGUGGAGGGUUGAGCUGCUGCAGAGGUCGUUGAACGUUUGUGGGAUGUGAUUCCGUGACCGUGGAAUCGUCUGAAGGUCCUCGCAAUGGAGGCGGGACCGAAUCAACAAUCUCAGCAGCAACAGCAGCAGCAGCAGCAGCAACAACAACAGCAGCAACAGCAGCAACAGGCUACAGGAAACGUUUGUUCAGGUCAAUCACAAUUGGCCAGUCCUCAGGCCACUGUUGCUGGCCAAUCCCAAGGUCAAGCUCAGCAACAGAAUCAAGAUGCCAGUGGUGUUGCAGUAUCAGAGGCUGGACCAGUCGAGGAAGGUGUACUUCUUGCUAGGGUUCACGUACCGGAACUCUACGUUAGCAAGUGUCUUCAAUUUCCUAAGGAUCAGCUUGUCUGGGACGUGAAGCAACAAUGUCUGGCAUCUUUACCCAAGGAGGUGGCCACUUGGUACAGGGAGCUGAAGGAGAGCUUCAAUUAUGGCCUCUUCUGUCCACCAGUCAAUGGAAAAGCUGGAAAAUUUUUGGACGAGGAACGUCGCCUUGGCGAUUAUCCUUUCAAUGGUCCUGUUGGUUACCUAGAGCUUAAGUACAAAAGACGUGUCUACAAGAUGUUACACCUCGAUGAGAAACAAUUGAAGGCGAUGCACACGCGAACUAAUCUACGAAGGUUGUUAGAUUACGUAGCUAAUAGUCAAGUUGAGAAGAUAGCAAAGAUGUGCAGCAAGGGUCUGGAUCCAAAUUUUCAUUGCCAGGAGACAGGAGAGACGCCAUUGACACUGGCAACGGGUUUAAAAAAACCAUCGAAAGUGAUCAUAGCAUUGGUCAAUGGUGGAGCCUUGUUAGAUUAUCGAACGAAAGAAGGUUUAACGGCAAUGCACCGAGCUGUAGAAAGAAAUAGUUUAGAGGCUGUUAAAACGUUAUUGGAACUUGGUGCCAGUCCUAAUUACAAGGACACGAAGGGUCUAACUCCAUUGUAUUACAGUGUCAUAUUUAAAACCGAUCCGAUGCUUUGCGAAACCUUAUUGCACGAUCAUGCUACCAUUGGUGCACAGGAUCUUCAAGGCUGGCAAGAAGUUCAUCAGGCUUGCCGGAACAAUCUUGUACAACAUCUCGACCAUUUACUCUUCUAUGGUGCUGACAUGAACGCACGUAACGCAUCUGGUAACACACCGCUUCAUGUAUGUGCCGUUAACAACACCGAUUCCUCGUGCAUUCGUCAGCUACUCUUCAGAGGUGCACAGAAAGAUAGUCUCAACUAUGCGAAUCAGACUCCUUAUCAGGUUGCUGUUAUCGCUGGUAACAUGGAACUUGCUGAAGUCAUCAAGAAUUAUCAGUUAGAAGAAGUUGUACCAUUUAAAGGGCCACCACGGUACAACCCAAAACGACGAUCAAUGGCAUUCGGUGGAGGAACGUCGAUGAUGUCGACGAGCUGUUCAGCGAGCAAUCUGGGGACCCUGACAAGGAUACCAUCUACGGAACAACAUGCAGCCAGUGGAUCUAAUACUGGUAGUCUAACACGAACCAUCUCGGUGGAACAAUACUCUAGUACUGGUAACAAUCUGACAAGAGUCCCGUCAGCUGACCAAUAUGUGACUACAACGACGGCUAGUCUAAGCAGAGUAUCAUCUACCGAUCAGCAAUACGUUAAGGGUGGUAUACCGUCCGUUGAACAAUAUGCGAGUGGUACAUUUGUCAGAGUACCAUCUUCCUCUUCCUCUUCCUCUUCUUCAUCAUCAUCAUCGUCAUCUUCAUCAUCUUCGACGACUGCUGAACAACAAAAACAACAGCAACAAAAUCAACAACAACAACAGCAGCAGCAGCAGCAACAACAACAGCAACACGAUGCUGCUACAUUGAACAGAGUAAAUCAUCCUCCGUCCACGGAAUCCAUGUCAACAACGCCAAUCUUAGUUGUUGCACCUGUAACAACACCUAGCAAUCGAGUACCGUCCAUCGAAGCUACCAGAAAUGAUAUACAGAGAAUACCGUCCGAGCAACAACAACAAAUGCAAUCGCAAUCGCAAUCGUCGCAACUCUUGCAACAACAUCAUCGUAAUCAUCAUCAUCACCAUCAUCAUCAUCAUCACCACGUUGCUACGAUCAGAACAGAACAACAGAACCGGCAUAACUCCGAAUACCAGAGUCCAAAUUCACUGAGGGAUCCAAAUGCGAGAUUGCCGAUGGAGAACUAUCAGAACAUAAGAAUGGAGGGCCUGACCAGGCUGCAGGAACAUCGACUCGAGUUGCAACAUCGUCUGGACAUUCAUAGGACAAUGGAGAUGCCACCGUCGCCAUCCCCCAGUAGCAGAAGUCUUGCACCUUUCAGCUCGGCUAGCUCGAGCCUAUCGGAAGGCAGCAAUCAACCGUCCGGUGAAGAUUCUGCUAGCAUUGUUACAGACAAAAGUCUUGGAGAUACAGCGUCCGACGUGAUCAGUGAUAGCUCAGGAGUUGGUACCUCGCAAUCAGACACUACUAAUUCUUUGUCGAUACCUGGGACUACUGUCGUCUGUGUUGAAAGUUAUAACAGUGGGAUACCUGGACAUCUGACGAUCAAUCAAGGAGAUAUUCUUGAAGUUACUGGUGCUACAGAUUGUGGUUUACUCGAAGGAGUAUUACGUGGUCAAGGUACAGGAUUAUUUCCAGCACAUUGCGUACAAGAAGUUAGGCUACGUCAUACUAAUAUACCAUUGGGUUCGCAACCUAGCAGAGAUGGAAGAAACAGAGUACUCGGUCGUAGAGAGUCUCAACACAAAUAUUUUGCCACUGCACCAAGACUGAAGAAACCAGUAACAUCGGAGCCGCGUACAGUAGUCCUACAUCGAUCUAGGAAAGGUUUUGGUUUUGUUUUACGUGGUGCUAAAGCAACGUCACCAUUAAUGGAACUAACACCAUCAGCGAGAUACCCAGCACUUCAAUAUCUCGACGAUGUUGAUCAAGGUGGCGUGGCUGAUCUAGCUGGUCUCCGAAAAGGAGAUUUUCUAAUCCAAAUCAAUGGGGAGGACGUGACAACAGCUUCGCACGAACACGUGGUAGAUUUGAUCAGAAAAUCAGGCGAGUUAGUACGAAUGACAGUAGUCUCGCCUGUGAUCAGCCUACCAAAUUCACAAUCGGCAGCAGCAUUGCCGACUAGUCAACCUAUUCAAAGACAGUAUGCAACAUUGCCACGUAAGGGUAACAACAAUGUGCCAAUCGGUGGAACACUUGGAAGAUCACCUGCACCAAUGCCACCACGGAGAGAUCCGAAAACUACCUUGAGCGUUGGACGUGCUAGAGCCCGAUCGAUGGUCGCAGGAUUAGUAGAAGGCGGUGGGGAACGCGACGACAGGGAUGAAAUUACAUCGACCGGAGCCAAAUCGAGCAGUGCCGAAUCCAUUCAUUUACCUCAGCAACCUUCGACUGGGCCAAACACUGGUCAAAACACACCUGUUCAACCUAGAACAGCUAGUAUUAGAUCAAGGCCAACUUCUAGUAGAAUAACAGCUGCUGAACUCGAGGAAUUAUUCCAACGGCAACAAGGUAGUACAAGUGGCCAGUACAGUUCGUCGAUGAUGAGCUCGCACUUUCAAACUGGUCAGUCUACCAAAUCUCAUCCUUCCUCGCCUGCUAAAACUGGCAGGGUCUAUGCAAGCGUAGCUGAAAUGAAACGAAAAGGAAAAUCGAACUCGAGAGUACGUUUCUUCGGUGGUCUGGGUGGUGGUUCCGAUCUACACAGAGACUUUCACAGCACACCGGACUUGAAUAUUCAAGCACAGUCAUCGAUGUUAGUUCCAAAAGGUCAUAGAAGUCAAGAGGAUGUUAAUGCAGUUAACGGUAGGAAUGGAUUACCACCACCUAAUCAUCCUCCACCACCUCCACCGGUUGGUCAAGUUGUUAAAGUGAACGUUGGUGCUAACGUUCCUGACGUUGUUACUCCUGCUUCUGUUUAUGACAAUAUGGCACACAUUCAACAAGUCAAAGAAUUAGCAGCAGCCACAGCGGAAGGUGGUUAUGGUGUAAUGUCAAGCUUCCGGCCGUCAAACAGCGCUAAAUUGUAUGCCUCGCCCGAAGAUAUGAAAACAGUAGGUUAUCGAUCAAGAAGUUUACCAGCACAUUCGACCAGAUCCCACGUAAGAAAAUCUCAUAGUCUUCGGGCACCCAACAACACGACGUUCAAACCAUCGACUGGUCAACAGAGUACAGGAAACGUGACAGGAAAUAACACUGGCAAUGGCACUGCAACUAAUCUUUCUAAUACUAACAACAAUCAAUACGCACAACCAUUGAAGACUAACAGGAGUCAUAGUACAGCAGGUAUUAGAGAAAGGAAGAAGAAAGUGAUCGGUACGAGUUCCUCCGUGACAAAUUUAUCAUCGCUAAGUAAUACCAAUGGUAACGGUAAUGGUAAUAAUAAUAAUAUUAAUAAUAAUAAUGGUGGCGGUGGUGGAGCAGUCGUUCCAUCUUCGGCCCCACCAAUACCAGAACCAGAUUACAGUCUAUCAGAAUCAGAAAAUGACGACGAAGGUGAAGAAGAAACCGACGAGGAAGUUGAAUCGGAGAUUGCUAAGGAAUUAGAGAAAGCCGCAGCUCGGGAUAAAUUGGAAUCGACGCGGGAAACAUCAGGGAAUUCUAACGCUUCAGGUUCUAGUUCAUCGGGUAGCAGUUCGUUGCCACAUUCGUUCAGCGUUGAAGAAAUUCAAAAAGUAAGGACGCAAUUGAAAUCAUCGAAAAGUCAUCCGAAUGAUUUCCUAUUGCAACAAACGCAACAAUCAUUAGCGGAAGAUGGUGACAACAGUUCGAGCGGGGUCAGUUCCGAUCAGGAUGUUCCGGUAGGUCCACCAAUGGGAUUUGACGAUACCACGACUGCUAGGAAUCAUGCCAAUGAGAAUAAUCAACAUAACAAUACCUUAUUGUCGAUUGGUAACAAUGAAAAAGAAUGCAAUUCGAAACGUAGCAGUUAUGGUGGAAGUGGAAUGUUAACCAGGCAUGCAGUUAGUCUUGCACAAUUACCACCACCAAUCGAGGCAGAUGCGGAAGAUCAAAACAAUGAUUUGUUUGUACCACCACCACCCGAAUUUAACGCUGGACCAACUGCUACUAAUACAACUACUACUGGUACCCCUACUAACGUUGCCAACGCGGACGAGCUGGUCUUUGCUCCGCCUCCGCAAUUCUCCGAUAACAAACAACAACAACAACAACAACAACCGCAGCAACAGCAAACCCAACAAAAUCGUGUUAAAAUUAUUGGAGCCAUUCCAAAAGUCACUGGUAAUCAAAUGAAGGCUUCAACUGGACGGCUACAUAGUCAAUGAAUUAAUAAUCCUCUAAAAGAAUAAACCAAAAUAGUGGUUCUCUUUUUCAAUUGAUAAAAGUCAAUACUAUUUGUAGUGGAAAUUUUGGCACACUGUGUGCGGAAUGAUGAAUGGAUUUUUGUUAUAAAUAAUCGAAGCCAGUCUUGCUAACUUUUACGCUGUUUUUAGAAAGAGAGAGAGAGAGAGAGAGAGAGAGGGAGGGAGAGAGGAGAGAGAGGGGAGAGAUAGAGAGCACUGGCCUAACGAGAAGUCAAACGUUAAUCAUUCUACUACACGCUCUUCCGACACAACUAACUUUUUAGACGCAUAAUAGAAAAAUGAUCGGAAUGAAUGAUGAUUUGUUGAGAAAGCUAUAGAGAAUAGGGGGAUGAAACUUCAUGCAUAAGAGAUAAAAAAAGAAAAAAGAAAAGUAAUUAAAACCAAAAAAAAUUAAAUAAAUAAAUAAAUAAAUAAAUAAAUAAAUAAAUUGUAAACGAGCUGAUGAAUGAUUGAUUGGUGGUGUGAAUGAAUUUUUAGAUAAUCGUCGGUUUGUUUUUCCAUGUUUCUACCGAUUAUUAUAUAUUAUACAUAAAAAUAGAAAGAAAAAUGGAGGAGAGUGUGUUUGGAUAAGAUA